CUCUCUCUCUCUCUCUCCUUUUUGGAUCUCUGAGGGGGAGGGAAGAGAAAGAUGACUUCUCCUCUCGCAGUAAGAUCCGUUCUCUCUCUUCUUCUCUCCCUCUUCUUCUCUUUCCUUUGUUUUUCUACGAGUGAGGUAUUUGGAGAAGAACAGAGAGAGUUCGAUUACUUCCUUUUAGCUCUUCAAUGGCCUGGUACUAUCUGUCAAAGAACUCACCAUUGCUGUCCUAAAAACGGUUGCUGCCAAAGCUCACUUCCUCUAACCGAGUUUACAAUCCAUGGACUCUGGGUCAAUUACAAUGAUGGAAGCUGGCCAGCAUGCUGUAGCCGGCGCGAUUUUGAUAUAAAAAAGAUCACAUCAUUGAUGGGAAUGCUUGAAAAGUAUUGGCCAUCCUUAAGUUGCAGCUCUUCCUCACUUUGCCAUGGUGGAAAAGGACUGUUUUGGGCACAUGAGUGGGAAAAACAUGGGACUUGUUCAUUUCCAGUAAUUCAGGAUGAAUACUGCUACUUUUCAACUGCCCUCAACCUCUACUUCAAGUAUGACAUGACGAAAAUUCUGACUGAUGCUGGAUACGUGCCUAACAAUACAUGCAAAUAUCCAUUGGGAGACAUUGUUGCCACCAUCGAGGACACUUUUGGGGCAUCCCCAUUAUUGGUCUGCAAACAUGGUGCUGUGGAAGAGCUUCAUAUAUGCUUCUAUAAGGAUUUCAAGCCUCGCGAUUGCAUAAUUGGAUCUAGCACUCAAGAUGACAUGCUCAGUUCAAGGUCGUCUUGCCCCAGAUAUAUCAGCCUACCAGAAUACUCUCCGCUCAUGCUUCAAGAUGGAAAUGCAGCAAUUCCAUGGCUACCAGACAUUGAUGCUCUCUAGCCUUCGGGGGGUUUGAAAGAUACUGGACAGCCCAUCUAGUAACUUCUGUCCCAUGAGAUUGGACAACCCAUCUGGUGUGUAUACUACAGCCUACAAUGUGGAGAGCGAACAGCUGCCUUGGUAUUUGUUUUUAUAGUAACAGAACUAUUAGAUAACCUCAGUUUACUGCGUAUAAUCAAUAAAAUGCUCUUUGCAGCUUUAAUUCAGAUUAGUAAGAUGGCAGAUGCAAUGGUUACUGUGUGCAGUAUUUCGGAGGGAGAUGGUCCAUGUAUGCCGUUAAAAUUAUAAAAGAAAAAAGAAACUGUUAUGCA